AGUAGCGUUACCGUCCGCUCGCCGGCGCUAUAGCAGCCCAUAACCAACAACAACAACAACAACAACAACUACAACAAUAAUAGCAAUUUAGUAUUUACCGAUAUUCCGGCGACCACGCUCUCGUAUAUCACAUUAUCACAUUUUUUUUGUGUUUUACUCUCUUUAAACGACGGUUCGGUUCGUAAUAAUAUUAUAUAGUUGUAGUGUACUGUGUACCUGUACUCUAUAGUACCGCGAAGUUAUCAGUCGAUGCCGUUUUUCUUCUUUUUUUUUUUUUUUUGAUCUCGUCAGAGCUGCAUCAGUGUCCGCGUGCAAAUAUUUCUUUAAUAACACGACGUCAUUAUAAUAUUAUUAUGUUUUGAAUUGUUGGAAACAACAACCGAUACCGCCGGGUACCUAUUUAAACUGAUUAUCAACAUAACAACAUGUAAUGCGCACAGUAAAUUAUUCGUAUACCGUAAUGUUGUGAUAUUACAUCAUGUCAGAAUCAGUGCCGUAGCGCGAGAAGCGGAACACCGCAUUAUUUCCCAACACGACGACGAGUCGGCGGGCGACGAUCAACACGUGUUCGCCGGUCGCCACCGCAUCAGCAGUGCGUCGUAGCACCAGCAGGGCAGCGGCAUCGCCAGCAUCGCGGCAAUAGCCGACCGGCGACAUCACCAACAGGAGCAGCGGCAGCACAGGCACCAGCACGACGGGCGGCUCAUUCCGCCACGACGACCGAUCGCGUUCAGUCGACGCCACCCUUUCCGCUGCGCUUUACGGCACGACAACUUCCAGCUGCAUAUUCUAUCUCGCCGCCGUACUGUCUGUUACACGCGUGUCCGGUUUGAGUGUAUGUGCGUGCGCGACGCACCUCCCAUGCAGCACUAGUAGUAGCCGGCGCGCUGAAAGUCGAUUGCAGAUACUUUAAAAUGGCGAAGACGGCAUCGCCGGCUCCGUCAGCCGGUUCUUCGGGCGACCCGCAGCACCAAAAGCCCGGACCGAAGCCAAAAUAUUCUCACCAGCAGUCGUCUUCGUCCGCGCCACCCUCUUCGACGUCGUCGAACUCGAAGCUCCCGCUGCCACAGUGUAAAGUCAAACGAAACUACGCUUGCGCCAAGUGUCCGUACUACACCCAGAACCCACGCAGCUUUCUGCACCACCAGAAGAACGUACACGCCGAGCGACUUAAGGUAUACGAAUGUUCGCACUGUCUGUACGCGUCAAAACACAGCCAGAAACUGCAGCGGCACGUGCAGAUGGUGCACCAAUCGAACAAAAGUGGCAAAAAUAACCACGGAUUCGAUGACAGCGGCAAGCCGCUCUUGGUGCCGCCUGUCCGGAUCCGCGUGCAACGUUUCGAAAAGUUUACGGACCAGCAUCUCGCCAAGCUGGUGAUUGUGGAAGACGUGGAUGUCGACGAGACUGAAGUGGUGACCGGUGUCGAGGAAGAAUCUGGUACCGAAGAACACACUGUUUCGGGUGUCGAAGAAGGGACCGAGGAAGACGCCGAAACCGAAGCCGAUGCCGAUGCCGGGGAAGACGAAGACGAACUGGACGACGAGGAGGCCGGCGGAGAAGAAGAACAAGACGACGAAGACGAAGAAGACGAGCCGGAGGACGAGGCGGACUUGAGCAACGACGGUUCGGGAGACGCGGACGACCGUGUGCCCGCGGUCUCGUUACUGCAGACGGCCCCGCCGACACCACCGUCCGCGGCGCCGCAACCGCCACCCCAACUACAGAAGAAGUCGUACAAACAAGACAAGCAGUCCGUGACAUUUAUCCAGUGUUCCGUGUGCCCGUUCGGCAGCCACAGCCGGACGCUGGUCAACAGACACGAGAAGUCGGCGCACCUGAAGAAGAAAUUCUUCCGGUGCAUGAAGUGCAACUACGUGACGCACAUGCGGGCCCGGUACACCAAGCACGUCAAGUACCACACGAUGCCGAUGAUCAAGUGCGACGACUGCGACUUCCGGACGCCGUACAAGUGGAACCUGGACCGGCACAACCGCAACCACAGCGUCACAGCACCGGGCACGUACAAGUGCUCGCACUGUUCGUUCUCGGCCGACAUCAAGCAGAGCCUCACGGUGCACGAGACCAACCACCACGUGCCCCCGGUCGGCGGCGUGUUCCCGGCAAACGGCACCAACCGCCGCCGGUACCGGGUGGGCGCAUCCGACGCUCCUGGCUCGGCGGUCGACGGCACUGAGAUCGUAACGUACGAGACGACCAAAGAAGGCGGUAUCGUCGAAAUCAUGACCGAAACAAAGAGCGCCUCGCCGUCGGUAUCCGCCAGCGGUGGCGGCUCAAUGUCCAAGGUCGCAGCGACAAAGAUCGGAGGCACCAGCAGCACCUGCACAGUCGUGAAAAAGACUACGACCACGACGACCACAGCCGCUUCGUUGCCGUCGGCACCUAUAAAGAUAAUUUCUGUGACCAGCCCGCCAGAGGGCAACAUCAAGACCGCCGAGCAAAAGCCAGCAUCGCGACGCCGGCCCAUGCCCAAACUCAUACCGAUCGUCGAUCAGCAACAGCAGCGGCGCGUGCCCACGGUUGUCCGCAUGCGACUUCCCGCGACGACGACAUCGUCGGCACCGCCUCCGCAGGACAACGCUGCCGUCAUCACAGCGGACGACUACUACAGCUUGACGGCGGGCCAGAGCGCGCUCAGCGAUUUCGCGUCCAUUAUCGAUGACGUGGACUGCGCGUCGAGCCCGUUCAACUCGACCGGCGGCUUGGCCAACGCCACCGCCAGUGGCGUCGCCGCCUCCGGGACCACGGCGGAUAGGCGGCGGAGUAGUAGCAGCGCCGGCAGCAGCAGCACCACCUCGUCGCCGAAGAGCAAGACCGCUUCAUUUUUCGACAAGCUCAAAGCCAAAGUGGACGAGACCGCGGACUUGACGUGCAAGGUGUGCCGUUACGAGUCCAAGUGUCUGUCGGAGUUCAUGCGACAUCAGCGGACUCACGGAGCCGACGGCGACGCCGCUACCGCAACCGCGGACAGCCUGAAGACCGAACGUACUGCGGCGACGCAAGAGCGGACACCUACGCCACCGCCGCCGGUUACAGCCUCCGAACUCAAGUCGACCAGGUGUCAGCGGUGCCGGAAGCGGUGCAAGACCAGUGCCGAGUUGCUCGUGCACUUGGCUACUUGCCGAGGAGCGAACACUGCCGUUUCCACUGCGGCCGCAUCGCUCGACAUUCCAAAUCAGUCCGUCGCCGCGAAAGACAUCGUUACCGACGAAGACCUAGAAACGCAACAGCAUCCGAUGGAGAACAAGAUUUUCGUGUGGAACACUGCCGCGGUGACGACACCGCCCCAGGGCGACGACGAUAACGAUGACGACUGCGAAGAACGAGAUUCCGUUACUGUGACGGAAAUCGGUAUGCCGCCCAAUGUCGAAUCGCCGUCGGUGGAUCGAGAACCGCAGGAUGAGUCGGAAGACGACACCAACGAUACACCCGAAAAUAAUAAUCCAUCCGACCGUGAGUUGUUAAUAAAACAUCAAGAACAACUAAAGCACGCAAUCAGAAAGGAAGGAAAAAUGUACAAAACGGUGUUCAAAUGCCCACACUGCACGUUCUGGGCGGCCACCGCUUCACGGUUCCACGUGCACAUCGUCGGCCACCUGAACCGCAAGCCGUUCGAGUGUUCGUGCUGCGCGUACCGGUCGAACUGGCGCUGGGACAUAACCAAACACAUCCGACUCAAGUCGGCCAGGAAAGGUGGCGCCGAGGAGUCUGUGGCGGUGGCAAACUCGCAUCAGGGUGCCAAAGUGCUGAUGACGGACGAGACGGGUCGCCGGAAUUACAGCAAAUACAACCGGUACCUGACCGUAAUGGAAAUGGACAUAGCGGACGGGGCGGAUAAGGCGGCCGGUGGCGAGUGCGAGGACGGAAAGGGCGUCCGCAAGUCCGUAGGCGGCGGCAUCGCCAGGAAGCGGCGGGCACCCGCUUUUGUCUAUAACAAGGGUGCGACGUCAUCGCUCAAGCAGCACCAGCCCCAGACGUCUCUGACAGGCAGGGCCGCAGCAGUAGCGGGACAGUUGAAAAGGUUCAAAGCCGCGGCGAUCCGGAACCAACAGCUGAACCAGCACAUGACCCACAACGCGGCGGCGUCGACGUCCAAUCCGCCGUCGGCUACUGGAAGCGACAACCGCAGUAAGACCGUUUGGAAGUGCAAAAAAUGCUUCUUCAGAGACUGCGAUCGGCUUACUGUUUUGAACCAUGUCAAGGCACACUACAGAAGAGGAGAAUUCGGCAGUAACACUAGUGCGACUAGAAUGAAUUCGUCGCAACAUAACGACGGCACUACUGCCAUUGACAUAUCCACCAACGCAAUCAACAGCGAAUUAUAUAUUCAAAAAAAAAAAUCAGCAGAAAAAAAAGAAACGACAGAACAAAAUUCACCAACCAUCGACCGCAGAAAAACAAAGACUCCCACAACCGGAUCCACAUCCGAUACUUUGCUGUUGUUGUCUACCAACCCUAAGUCGUUAAUGCUUUAUGAUGACGAAAAUUUUCUGUCUUGUCCGCUCUGUGACGUGACAGCUGCUAGCCCGGGUCAAUUGAAGGAACAUAUGCAGCGCACCCAUAUUCCAGAAGAAACUAAGUAUAGGUGUGAGUACUGUCCGUUUUGGUCGGAAGAAAAAAAAGCUAUGUUGGAUCACAUGAUGUUUGCGCACGAGAUGGAUGAUGGUAGUGUCAAUACUGAUGUUAAUGCCACCGAUGUAAAUUACGGAACCGAACAACGAGACGAAUCGGCUUCAAAUUCAAUCAACUAUGAUGACGAGGAGGAAAUGCAAGCAAUCGAUGAAAACGGUAGUAGUAACGAAGCAACAGCUAAUAUGACAAUGUUCGACAACGGUAGUGAUGACACUAACGCCACGACCAAUAUGGAAGUUUUGUUCGAUACCAGUGACGAUAAUAUCGUCGUGGUCGAAACGGUAGAGUGCAAACCUGAUUUUGUUGAUAAUGACGAAGGAUCAACUAUUGAAACAUCUUCGAUACCGAGCAAGAGCUCUGAAAAAAGCAGCUUUAGUAGUACUGUCGCUGAUGAAAAAAUAACUGACAAUAUGAUAAGUUGCGAAUACGAUGGAGUUGAAGAACCGGAGGAAGACGAGCAAGUAGAAGAUGAAGAAAUAAUAGUUAGAGCGGAGGAAGUGACUGAACCUACAUCAGUUAAAAUCAUCAAAGCCACUUUCACGUCUACAACGUCAUCAGCAACAUCGGAAGAAAAUACUACAACUGUAUCACGCAAAGAAAUUGAAGUGUUUGAAUGCAACGAGUGUUGGUACUAUUCAACCAAUAGAAGAGACUUACUAGCACAUAAACAGCUGCACAUCGAACGGGGUGCAUUAUAUAGUUGUACAGAAUGCGUGUUUAACGUCACUAAAUCAGCUAUUUUGUACCAUCAUUAUCGACACGGGCAUGUGAUCGAAGAACCAGAGCUUCGAUAUCCAGAAGAUUCCAUUGUUCGAGCUGGGCAAAGAGACAUGAAUGCAAAGAAUUCCGAAAACAAAUUAGAAAAUAAAAUAGCUAAUGCAACAGAUGUGGAUGAAACCACCGGGCCCCCUAUGGUAUGGCAUUACAGGAAAGAAAACAUUCCGCCUUUUACGAAAGUAUUCAAGUGCCGGUACUGCCCUCACACUAAUCGCCGACGCCACAACACAGUUGAGCACGAACGGAUGCACUCGGAUCAUCCUGAUCAUCAGAAUCACAGACAAAUGCAACAGCGUUUAUCAGGCUGUUCAGUUCCGCCGUCUCCCUUACACCCAUGCAAACGAUGCACUUAUGUGUGCAACAACGCGGGUGUAUUGGCAUCACAUGUCAAGGUACACUCAACUAGUUACAGCUGCUCAACGGUGGGCUUUUACGAUAUCACCGUCGUGGACUCGGUUCAAAUACGGGCCAUUGAAUACGUAAUGGAGCUAGAACAAAGGUUGCUGUUAGACAAGAACACUGCCACUAACAGCGGUUUAUUACUUUCUAGUAAUGAAGUGUUGUCCGAUUCGUCUAGCGAUAAUGAAAACCCUGAAGACGUCACAAAGUAUACAGAAAUUGAUGAUCCUGAGCUUAAAUUUUGUCCAUAUUGCCCGGCUCGGUACUUUUUCCGUGCUGAUCUCCGAUUCCACAUCCGGUUCCACAGAUUCCGAGGUUGGAAAAACGCGUGCGACUGUUGUUCAUUUGUAGCUCGUGCAAGAAGUCACGUAGAUGCGCACGAAAUCGUACAUUGUGAUGAAUAUGCACAGCGUACUACGGAACUGCUCACUUCCGGAUAUCCAGUUAACCCUAAAUAUCCACGGCGUUCCGAGUACCCGGCAAUGGUGAAUGACGACUCGCCUCAACUUCAAAGACGACCAGGAUCUCCGCCUCAAUUACUAGAUUACAAACAUUCAAAAACACACUCGCCCGAGCCUGACGGCCAACGUCAAAGACGGACUAAACGUGUGCGGCAUUCUGAGCCCAACGUCGUCGCCACCGUAGCGCAACCGCCGUCCACCGAGGACGUCGAUGACAAUAGUAAACGCCGACGUCGUUCUAUGACAGUUGGCGUUGCUAUGAAAACCGCCAAUGCAAAGCCACCACCACCAGCACUACUGCCAGUGUCUAAGAUGAUCAGAUCAAAGUCACCACCGCCACCGUUGCUACCAGCGCCUAAGACCACAGUCGCUACUGCAAUAAAAUCUACCAGUGGUGCCGCCGUUAAGCCCGUAACUCAUAAGACCACUAGUGGUGCCACCGGAAAAGUUGUGAAGACUACUAAAGCCAGUUAUACACGACAGUUUAUGUGCACCAUGUGUCCGGGUAAGUUCUUCAAAUCUACAGCCUUGCAGUACCACAAAACGUUACAUGGUGGUCCGGGGCGUCACAAAUGCAGAUGUUGUGAUUACGCAGUGAGCACUUAUGGUAACUUAGUUCGUCAUGAAGCAGUACAUCGAGACCUGCCUGUCAGAGAAAAAAUUAAGAACAAGACAUCGAAAAAAUUGAAAGCUUUGUCAAAGUUAAAAGCUAGAGGUAAAAAAAUACCCUUGUCCGCAAAUUCAUUAACGACGUCUACACCAUUAGAUGCAAAGGGGGAACUUUCAGAUGAAAAUGACGACGACGACGACGACGACGACGACGACGAUGAUGACGACGAAGAGCUCGGGAUCGAUCCCGAGUUCGGAUCCAUAAUGCUGGGCAACCCAUCUUUCUUUUAUCCGACCACAAUAAAAAACGGCGUUAUUCGAUCCAAGCGGUACAAGUGCCCUAAGUGCCCGUCAGCUUUCAAUAAGCGUGAACAGUAUGUCGUACACCUGACCCUGCACGGGGCUGUGGACAAGUACCAGUGCGAUAAAUGUGACUAUGCUGUGCGAUACACAGCCAAUUACGUGCAACACCAGCGGAAGCACGCGCGUGACGCCGAGAUCCGGAAGAACAACGCACAGGCGGCCGACAGGGCGAAAAUGAUUAAGGAACAAGAGGAGGCGGCCAACGCGCAACGGAUUCGCAAGCGGCCGACCGCUGAAGAUCGGAAGCCACUGCGUACGACCAAACCAGUGGUCAAACUACAGCCGCAGGACACGACUUUCACGAACGAGAUAUCGGACCAGCAGACUGCGUACGAGCUGAACGCCGCCUACGGGGCCACCGGAAACUUGGUCGGCGAGACGACCACGUCCCUGUUCCGGUGCGCACACUGUCCGUUCGAGUGCGACAUACGAUCGCAGCUGGACCGGCACAACACGCAUCACUACGCGGCUAUGAACUCGUCGGGGGCCGCGUCCAAACGGUCGUGGAAACGGUCGUGCAGGUUCUGCACAUACCGCACGCACGGCGAGGUCGACCUGGUCGAGCACACCCGCGUCCAUUUCUUACGAUCGACCGGCGAACCGGUGACCACCAACGAGGAACACGCGACCGACGAGAGUACCACGGCUACCGUGCCCACGAACGUCGGCGACUACGUCGAGUUCCACGGCAAACGGGUCGUGUACAGCCAGCGGCGACGCAACAACAACACCGACGACCAGGAAGCCGCGGCGGCCGCGGAAAACCUGGAAGAAGGAGACAUCGAACCGUUUUUCGUGUUCAAAGACUGUGGCGACGUCCGUUACCGCACCGACGACAGCACGAACGGCAUGACGACCGCGGCCAUCAUCAAAUCGCACAGCAAGAGGUUCAGUCCGGACUGCCCGCCGCCGCAGAUGGCCAUCGACUACAACGACAACCGCACCGGAGACGACAGUCCCAAAGUGCCGCCGGCUGCGUUCGUACGAUUCUUCGACAGCGGCACCCGGCUCGAGUUCCUGGGCGAUGAAUCGUCCGAGCCCAUGGGCAAGAGGAAGAGGAGUAGUAGUAAAAAGUAGUGGACGGCGGUGUCGCGCGUCUUAACCAAAAUUUACCCCGUUCGUUCCGUGUCCACUCGGCGUUCGUUUUUCGUACGUCACUAGAAAAUAUUUUCGUUUUUCAGGGCACACACUCCUAUAAUAUUAUUAUGAUAAAAUCGUACGUCGUCCGUCGUGUGAUCGACGCGUUUUACGUUCUAUACUAGUAUUGUGUAGAUUGUAAUAUUUUUAGUUUUAUCUUUUUAUUUUCGUUUGUUUAUUCUUAUGACCACGUAUUUUUUUUUUUUUUUUUGUAUCGGGCCUACUUUCAUUAACCUUACCCAGAUAAUUACUUUUAAUGUAAAAUAUUUUUUUUAUACAUAAAAUUAGACAUUGUGGUGUACCUUCGCGUUUUACCCAUCUCUGUGCUUUUUUACGCCCAAUGGAUUUCAUUAUUACGUACGUUCUGCCUUCCCCCCCCACCAAUUUAUUUAUUAUUAUAUUCUAAUUGUACAUAAUAUUUUAUUGAAUUCGAGUACGAUUGUGACCAUUCACCUUUUAUUUUUAUUAUAGUUACUUAGUAUAAUUUUUCAGUAGUAAUGUAUCGUUGUUAUAUAAUAUUUAUCGUAGACACUUGUAUCGCGUUUGGACCAAUAUGAUAUUUAUUUAUAUCAUCGCCCACCCUAGCUCAUAAUAAGAGCAGAAAAGUCAUAAGUAUCCAAGUAGUCUUGUUAUUAUUAUUAUAUUAUAUUUUUGUGUUUACACUCAAACCACACUAUAUAGCGACUAUAUUAUGUAUUUUAUAGGUAAUCUUAAACAUUUAAUUUUGAGUAUUUUGUUUUGUUUUUUUUUUUCUUCACUUUAUAUUGUAUAAAUUACAUUAUUUAGACGAUUGCCGCCGAUAUUUUAUCUUAUGCGCUGCACGUGUACCUAAGCCGUAAAAGUGACAUUUGCCGCUGUAUACGCGCAUUAUAUUAUUUUUCAUCGGUUAAUCAAACAAUUAAACUAUGUGUAUGUAUUUAUGAAAUGUAUUUAUUUAAAUUAUUUAUGUGACAACGACGAAUAAAAGGGAUUAAUCAAUUAAAA